GAGGUGUACCGGCUGACUAUUAUGCUCGUGUACCUCCACCGGGUGACCGAGAACUCGCGCAGCCAGUGGUUGAGGACGCAGCAGUAUAUCGAUCGGGCCUACGGGGACCUCGCGCAGCUGGGCUCGUGCGACCGGCAGCUCCCCGUCUUCAUCCUCGGCUGCGAGGCGCGGAGCGACGAGCAGCGGGCGGUCGUGCUCGAUCUCAUCGCCAGGACGGAGAAGGGCACCUCCUCGCGCUCCUUCAACUACGCGCGGGAGCUGGUCAAGGCCGUCUGGGUGCAGGAUGAGCUGGCCAGCCGCGAGGUCAAGUAUUGGGACAAGUUGAGUUACGUCUUGAGCUGCUGCAAAAACCUGCCUACCUUUGUUUAG